GGGCGCGGUGGCCUCGGCGGGGAUUCCCGCCCGUCGGCACCCGUCACUCCAGCGUUUAACACCGGUGACCCCCGGGUUUUUAGCGCAGUUAUUGGAACUUGAAAAAAAUCCCCACUAAAACUCUCACGGGCUCAUAGCUGGAGAGUGUGGAUUUCAUGUUUAGUCCGUAAAGUCUUUAAAAAAGACGACAUAAUGGCUUCCAAAAGAGCGCUGGUUAUCCUGGCGAAAGGCGCGGAGGAGAUGGAGACGGUCAUCCCGGUGGAUGUCAUGAGAAGGGCUGGAAUUAAGGUUACCGUUGCGGGACUGUCUGGAAAGGACCCGGUGCAGUGUAGCCGCGAUGUGGUCAUUUGUCCUGAUGCCAGCCUGGAAGAUGCCAGAAAACAGGGACCUUAUGAUGUGGUGGUUCUGCCUGGAGGUAACUUGGGCGCACAGAAUUUAUGUGAGUCGGCCGUGGUGAAGGAGAUCCUGAAGGAGCAGGAGAGCAGGAAGGGCCUCAUCGCUGCCAUCUGCGCAGGUCCUACGGCCCUGUUGGCUCAUGAAAUAGGUUUUGGAAGCAAAGUGACAACACACCCCCUUGCUAAGGACAGAAUGCUGAAUGGAAGUCAUUACAGCUACUCGGAGAAUCGCGUGGAGAAGGACGGCCUGAUCCUCACCAGCCGUGGGCCCGGGACCAGCUUCGAGUUCGCGCUGGCCAUCGUCGAGGCGCUGAGCGGCAAGGAGGUGGCCGCGCAGGUCAAGGCGCCGCUUGUCCUGAGGGAUUAGCGCCGAUGGUCCUGUCAGGAGAGGCUGCCAGGCCCUCGCGUGGCCGUGCCCCCGGCGUGGCGGAGGGUGUGCCUCGGGGAGGUGUCUGCCCAGCCACGCCGCAUCCUCCCACACGCGUGUCCCCACAUUUCUGAGCCUGACUGCAGAAUAAACAGGCCACUUAGCAAACUGCCGCCCGUUCUUGCGUGAAAGCAGGUCCCUCGUCAGCUUCCCUGGCGCCUGAGCGGCCGAAGUAGUUGCCGAAGCCCAGCGCAGCGGACGCGUCCUACGCGCAAGGGCGAGAUCAGGAGCCGAGGCGGGGGCUGUGGUUGCUCGGCGCGCGUUACCUGUGUCUUUCACGUGCUAUUAAACACUAGUGAAGCGGCUGCCGUGGUGAAUUCUGUCAACCAGCUCCUC